CCUAUCGAUACUGCAUCACUAUCGCGAGACGUAAAUGAAUGCGUCGGGAUUACGCUAUCGCGCGCGUUUCCUCCUGUAUGAUUCAUUGAACAGCUCAACCAGUUGGACAAAAUUCUUAUCCGAGUGAAAGAUAAGCAAUCGGUGCGUUAUUUCAUCAAUAUUUUAAUCUGUUAAAUUGGAUAAUGUAGAUUUCCGAAUGUAGAACGUAGAUUUAAGUAGAGUCUAAAGAAUUUUUACAGACAUUCUCGAAGAUAAUUGUUACGAAUAAAUCGAACGAUUCGAAGAGUUUUCCGUUUCUGGUAUAAAUGCAAUCUUGGUACGCGCCAAUGGUAGGUUAAAAUACGAGUCACGCUUUGCGAGGGAAUAUCAAACCUGUACACACAGCUAUGUAAAUUUUGUUAUUCGAAAUUCCAUUCAGGAGUGGUGCUCCAUUCAGCAACUCGAUGGUGAUAUGCAUUUCGAGUACAUUUCCAACGUUUGACAGCAUCGUAUCAAAUGCAACGAUAUCAAUAUACGAUAUGCGAACUAGUUGGAAGUCUGAAUCAAUCUUCACACGGAGGACUUACUGAGCAUAGGAGGAUUUUCUUUCAAAAAUAAUUAAUUGAUUCUUUAAAUGGGUACACGAGUACAAGUGAAUCUGUUUAAUUCAAGAUAUUUAAUUUUCAGAAUUUCAUUUUCUCAGUGUUGUUGCACACAUUGGCAAGAAGAACGCCGAAUUCGUCGCGAGGUUUCGAAGUCUGAAAAAGAAAGCAAGAGAGACGCUUGUUUACCAGAAAAAAAAAAUCGACGCUGCAACCGGUUUUUUUUUCCACGACCGCGGGCUAGCCUUAAUUCUUGCUCACCCCUGUCGCUCAGGUGGCAGAAUCGGUAAACGGAAAAAUGAAGUUAACUUCGCGACAGGGGCUGGGAGAGCGUGUUCAAUGUAACACUCGAGGGUGAACGGAUACAUUUUCCGCUACUUAACGGAUUUCAUGCUCAACUAUCAAAGAGAAUCGCGUCCUUGCUCUAAUCAGCGCUCGUGUAUUAAUAGAACGCGACUUUGAUUCUGCAAAUUUUCUUGGAGUCGUCGCGCACCUGCACGUGUCUUGACGGCUCGGGAGAAAAGUUAUUUCGGACCGUGAAAGAAAGUAACGUGGAUCGAUGCGUCGUCAUACUUCAAACGUACUUCUCCGAGCGAAAGAAUGUAUUCAUUCGAUCGUUUAUAAGGGAUGUAGGUUUAUUAAUCUGAUUUCAUUGAAGGAGACAAUUUUUUUUUCGUUUCUUUUUUUUGGAGGGAGAAGAUGGAGGAAAUAUUUCUUUGAGUUUUCCGUGGGGAAUUUGAUGCUCUUUGAGAACUAUUUGAGGCAUCUUUGGAAAUUAUUAGUAAUUAAGAAUGUAUAUAUGAAAAAGCAAAAUACUAGAAAAAGUAACUACCAUUAACUGCGAAUGGAUGUUAUAACUCUAUUUUUCACUAAAUAAAAUACGAGGACUCGACCCACCAUAUCCGACAUCCAAGGAGGAAAAUGUGUGAUAUGUCUGGGAAAAUCUUAUUAGAAUCAUAGGAGAAUGGAGGAGGUUCGCCAGCAGGCUCUGCUGAAGGAGCCACCUGAAAUAUCGUGGGAGAAUACAUUGGGUGCGCCAAACGGCGUGCCAUUCGACGAAGACACGAAGGAACUCCUCAGGAAAUGCCUGGACGUCGCGGCACCGUCGCCAACGACCCUGGCACAAAUCAUCAAGCGAAGCGAAGCCUUCCCCAUACGCUUUCCAAUUAACACACCGAGGUGCUCCGCCCUCAGAGACAGAGGGGUUUCCACGGACAUCCUCGAGAUGAACGCGAACUCGGUUUACCCUUUGAUACACGAGGCGAUGCUGCCAUUGCUGGCUGGUUGGUUGAAGCAUAAACGACUGUACGGCAGUGCCGUCGAGAGGGCCAUGUACAUGGACAUGGGACUGAUACAGUUCAUUCAUCGAUUGCUGGAAAAACGAGCGGUGUACUUCUACGGGCCUGACGAUCGAUGGAAGCUGAUCGAUGGCAAGAGCGGCGUCGAUGGAUGGGAGAGCGUUGGCACCGAUCGCGAGAAGGAGCCUCUGGUCCUAACAAAAUGUUUGUCCUACGACGAGAUCAAGCUGUCAGCGAUGAUGGCGAUGUCCUCCCACACUGAAUUCAUAAACGACGGCUCCCGACAGAACAGAGGCGUGGUGACUACCGAUCCAGACUCCAUUCAGCCGAGAGGAGUCAUUAUGGGUGUCGUGGGAACAAGGUUCGCUCGACCACGCGUCAUGGAAUACCAGGACAUCCUCGUCACACCUUUGCAAAAUAACGCAGAUAAUGGGUAUGGACCAACAACAAGUGGAGGUUUAGAAACGAUACACGGACUACGCGUUAUAUGGGCAAGAUUUUACGGUGAACUCUAUCUGCCACUCUACGAUGAAAUCAUGAAACGCAUCAAAUCGAAGGAAAACAAGAGAUACCUUUCCCUAUCGAAUCAAACUGUCUUCGACAUCGAAAACUACAUGAAGAGAACGCUGCUAACCGUGGAAAUCAUUCUUCUCGAAGCGAACACUCGAGCUGAAAAACAAAAUACCACUGCCUUCAUACACGUCGUAGGAUUUGGUCUCGGGGUGUGGAAGGUAAUUCAAGACCAAGAAUUAUGUUUCCUGAAGACGUUCGAGAUCGCCAUCAGGAAGAUGAACAAGAAGCUGAAGUACGUCUCUGACAUAAUGUUCGCGUAUUUUGGCCAACAGAAGUGCGGAGACGCAGGGAAUGGCGACUACUUAGGAGAUAUAAAGAUUCACUUCGCUCUUAGGGAGCCUCACAGCAAACUCUUCAGAGCUACAGACGCAAACAAGCUUCUCGUGGUGACGUACGCGUGGGAUGGAAACGCACACCCAGGUAACGAAUUUUGGAACGGAUCCCUAGCAUCGAGCGGAGACCCUGCAGCGGCGUGCAGCAGCCAGAUAUCCGAAUUGCACACGGCUAGAAUAAAUCCUCGAGCCUGUGGCUCUAGCCUGCACGUCGCGUCUGCGGAACACGGUAUUUUGCAUAUAUCGGAUUAUGCGAAACUACAUCUUGCUUAGGAGAGGGCUGGCCCAGUGGGCACCGGUCAACGAAGACCAUCUAGGUCUCCUCGCAGUCAGAGGAGUCGCAGCGCGGACGUGGACUGUCUGAAGAAGUACACGGAGAGGCGAGUGGAGGAGAGAAGGCACACGGAGAUCCCGGA